AGAAAAGGAAGAUCAGAACAGUGGCUGGUCGAUUUAAAAACCUUUCUAUUCAAUUCUGUAAACCCAUAAAUGAACCUUGUAUAGGAAAUCAACUGUUAUGGAGUUCUUAACGGGUUGUCUCCUUAAACCAUUUAGAUGAAAAUAAUGUAAUGAAGCUAAAAAAAAUCCUAACCUUUGGUUUAGUCUUAAAGAUAGCGAUAGUAAUAUAGAGUCAACUGCGCUUAGAAACACUUAAAAUUCUUUCAAAAUAAAAUGCUACAGAAGUUUGGCGUUAACAGGAUAUUUUAGCCUGGCCAGCCCUGCCAAUGCUCCUGUGUAGAACAGACAGGGCGAGUCUUGCAGUAUUUUUCUGUUUUAGCAAAAAUCACAAAUGAGUCUGAGAAAGUCUAAUUCUAUCCAUUAAGUGGUUAAUUAUUCAAAGGCACUGUGCUGAUGUGUUGACUAUUCCAUAAAAGUGAAAAUAUGGCAAAUUUAAGAUUUCAGAGGCUAACUAAGUGCUGUAAUCACAGUCUGCUAUAUAAAACACAAUGUUAAAUAAUUGUGAGCCAAACAAGAAGAAAUGGGGUAAAUAAUUUUACUUUCAUGUAUGCUAUUUGUAGAAAAUAUGUUAAUAUUUACCAGACUGUCAUUAGCCAAAGCUAAAUAUAUUCUAUACAUUCACAUGUAUAGGGUGGCUUUCCAUGCUAGGCAGCCCUACGGAUUCACCCCCAUUUUCAAUAGCUUAUUUGAGAGAAAUCAUUUUAUUCAAGGAAAAGCCCAGUUAUCAUGGAAAACUUCCUGAGUAUUGUAUUGAUGUUUCUGUUAUUUUCUCGCACUAUGCUGGUUGUUAUUGAAUUUUUAUAUAUUUUCUUUUUCUGCUCAGUUUACGCGUUAAAUUCAUUGACAUAAAUACACUUUUAAAAUGAUGCUUUUUUAUUUUGAAAUGUGGCUUGAUUCUGGAUUCUCUUGUUGGCUCUUCCUUCUUCCAUCUCAGGAACGUUGCUAAGCUGAGUCCCAUCUGUCCCGCUCUGAACUUGAGACAGUUCUCCACUCCUUCAUCUCCUCACGCUUAGACUACUGUAACUCCUUUCACGUGUCUGAGUAGAACCUCCCUGAACCAUCUACAGGUGGUUCAGAACGCCUGUGCUCGGCUUCUGACCAAGUCCUCCAAACACACCCACAUCACCCCGCUUCUCCAGCUUCACUGGCUGCCAGUCAACUUCAGGGUUCAUUUCAAGAUCCUGGUUCUGGUCUAUAGGGCCUUACAUGGACAAGCACCAUCUUACAUUGGUGAUCUUCUUAGUCCCUACACCCCCAGCAGGUCCCUGAGGUCCAGUGAUCAAAGCCUACUGGUUGUGCAGCACCAGGCUAAAGGUCAAAGGUGACAGAUCAUCUGCUGCUGUGGCCCUCAGACUCUGGAACUCUCUCCCCCUGAGCCUGAGAUCAGUGGACUCAGUGGUCUCCUUUAAAAAGCAGCUGAAGACUCACUUGUUCAAGCUGGUUUUUGUAUGACCUUCUUCACUACUCUCUUUAUUCUGCUCUCCCCACCUAUUCCGCCUUCCUCAGGAUCCACUGAUUUCCCUCUUUCCUGUUCUCUCUCUCUCUUUCUUAACAUUUUUAUUCACAAUUGUCUAUUUUUUGCUUAUUUCAAAUAUAUUUUUAAUCAUUUUCUAAAUUCGUUUUUAUAUUUUUUGUUUUUGUGAAGUGCCUCGUGAUUUUUUAUCUUGAGAGGCGCUUUAGAAAUGAUAUUUUCUUCUUCUUGAAAGUGUUGGACUUCCUGAAGGGGCGGGGCGUAAUCAGCAGGACGUCCGGUCGCGUUCAAAAGAAAACAGUUGUACGGGGAAAUGUGAGGACUUAAGUAAAUGUGGUUUAAAAUGGGACUUUCUCUUUGAAGGAUUGAAUCUGUGGAAGCGUUAGUGUCGCGGUCCUUCUCCCCCGAACAGGUAAACUCGAUAAGCAGGUCAGCGCUGCAGUCGGCUCGCACCGAGGUGGGCGUCCUCUGGUCGGUGUCUCACCGGAGUGAGUUACCGGUGAGGUGGCAGGCACCUGUGGUUUUGCUCCAGGUGUGUCUCCAUGGCAAAUCCAGCAUGGCUGGAGUCCUCCCUGCGGCGCUCAGGCCGACUGGGUCUGGAGGUGCUGGAGCGAGCCUCCGGACGGUGUGUGGACUGGACCAGCACUGGGGCAUCCCAGACCCCCACUGCUUCUGAUGAAAUUACUCACCCAACAGUGAAGAGAACCCGCUCUGAGCUGGAUGAUGCCUUUGCAACCAUCACCGAGUUCAUGGCACAAACAACCCGUCGUUGUAAGGAGUUUUAUGAGUGUGGACGGUGCAAAGAGCCCAGUGAUGCUGAGAAGACCCACGUGUCCAGGUUCCACAUGUGUCCUGGAGCUGGGUGGACAUCAGCACUGCCGACCAGGAAACAUGGCCACGUUUCCUCAGCAAAGGAAGAUUUUUACAUUGAGGUGUCUCCUGGGACGUAUGCCGUCACUGCUAGUCUACCGGAGUCUCAGCAGCAGACUCAUCUGGUUAGAGUUAAAGCUGGAGAGAGCUUCCAGCUCACCUUUAACCUCUGACCCCUGACUGGUCCCUUCUCAGAUCUAAAAUCAAAUCUGACCAAUGCUAAAGCUGCCUCUUUGUUUUUAUUGCACAUACUUUUGCACCCAGUUUUGUUUUAUUUGCUUCACAUUGAAAACCUAUAAUUAUGUCAUGUGCGUAUUAUACAUAGUACUACCUGCACUAUGCCUCAUCCGUGUUUCAUAAUAAAGUAUUUUUAAAGAA